GGCUCCGGCUGCCGGGAGACGAAUCCCCGCGUUCCCGGAAGUAGCCCGCCGGCGGCGCGCCCGGCCCGGGGCAGUGCUCGCUCCAGCCGGGGCGCUGCAGCCGCGCCCGGGUCCGGGCGUCGCCAUGACCAGCGAACUGGAUAUCUUCGUGGGGAACACGACGCUCAUCGACGAGGACGUGUAUCGCCUCUGGCUGGACGGUUACUCGGUGAGCGACGCGGUGUCCCUGAGGGUGCGCUCGGGAAUCUUGGAGCAGACGGGCGCGACGGCAGCGGUGCUUCAGAGUGACACCAUGGACCACUACCGUACUUUCCACAUGCUCGAGCGCCUGCUGCACGCGCCGCCCAAGCUGUUGCACCAGCUCAUCUUCCAGAUCCCGCCGUCCCGACAGGCGUUGCUCAUCGAGAGGUACUAUGCCUUUGACGAGGCCUUUGUGCGGGAGGUCCUGGGCAAGAAGCUGUCCAAGGGCACCAAGAAAGACCUGGAUGACAUCAGCACCAAAACAGGCAUCACCCUCAAGAGCUGCCGGAGACAAUUUGACAACUUUAAGCGAGUCUUCAAGGUGGUGGAGGAAAUGCGGGGCUCCCUGGUGGACAACAUUCAGCAACACUUUCUCCUUUCUGACCGGUUGGCCAGGGACUAUGCGGCCAUUGUCUUCUUUGCCAACAACCGCUUUGAGACGGGGAAGAAAAAACUGCAGUAUCUGAGCUUUGGUGACUUUGCCUUCUGUGCUGAGCUCAUGAUCCAGAACUGGACCCUCGGAGCCGUCGGUGAGGCCCCCACUGACCUUGGUGCCCAGAUACCUCCCCACCUUCUCAGGGCCUGGCUCACCAGCAGCAGUUUCUCCUGCAGGCCCCAAUCUCCAGCCUCCUUUUCUGGCAGGGUCGUUUACGGGGCUGGGGGUCGAGCGGCGGCCUCCACCUGGGGCUCGAGGCAACUCGGCUGGUGGGCGGUGCAGCAGGAUGUCUCUGACUACAAUCCCCGGCAUGCCCUGCGAGAGGCCCCCACUCCCGGUCGGGAAGACCGGACUUGCAACCCUUCAUUUACAUCCUUUAUUCCAGUGAUGGGAUGGCAAACUGCCCCCAGUUCCCUUGUUUGCGACUCUUUAUGUGUUUCUGUAGAGCUUAUGGCCAUUGUCAUUGUUCGAGGCCAACGAAAAUUCCCGUACCCUCAUCCGUUUUGUUUGAAACAUAGGCCCACACAAAGCUGUGUCUUAAUUCUCCCGGGUAUUAACUUAGACGUAAGCCUGGCUAUCAACUCGAGAACGAGAGUCAAGUCUGGUUUAAUAUCUAUUUCCCCUUUUCACUGUGUCUAGCACAAAAUCUUUGAA